GUGCAGUUUGCGAUUUCUGUCCUUUUGCUGUUCAGCAUUCAGCAUUCUUUCAGUUGGCUUGUUUGGAGGUACGUUUCAUAUGCCCGUCAUGUUGAUUAUCUUUAUCAUACACAAACGGCGUCCGCCAUGGAGCGGAACACCGCGGGGACAUGGUUUCGUGAGAGCCGCUGGGUCUUGUCCAGCAAGGGAAACACCACCAGGACUUUGCCAGGACCCGGUCGUGGCAGCGUCCUGGUGCGGGUGACUUCGACGGCCGGCUGUAGCUCCUAUCCCCUGCAGAGGCUGCGCGCGCGACUAACAGACUUCAAGGAGAUGGAGAGGGCGAGAGGGAAGGUGUUCUGCUUGACCGAUGUGCCCUACAUCGACGUGGAGGCUCUCGGGUCGCUGAUGGCCAAGAUCUUCCUGGAUAGCAUUGACCAGAUAGUCGGACACGUUGUCGUCAUCGAGAGUGAGGACAUGAGUUGGUACAACCUGUGCCCUUCUUUGGGCAGUAGAACCACCAACAUACCAACCAGUCAAAAGUUCCGCUGCCAGCUGCCAUUAGCCUUGUUCAAGCUUCUGUUGUCAAGAAGCAUGGUCGUAGCCGCAGCCGUCAUGUUAGCCGUCAUGGCUCUGGCGGUGUGCGUGUGGGCCCCGGAUAAGAUAAUUCGCAAGUGUUUGGCGCUGCCAUUUCGUCAAGUGGCCACUGAGGCCCUCGUUGCGAAGUGCGGGAAGAGCGCGGAGACAUGUGAGACCCCGACAAUAUCCCCGACAUGCAGCAACAAGGCGCGGGCCAUGUACAGAGCUGGCGAAGACGAUGCCAACUUCCGGAAGGUUUGUGUACGAUUUGUUCCCACGUCUCGGUCGGAGUCGGUGGUUUGGUGGGUUGGAUUUACCACUUUUCGUACGAGUCCCCUGUCCUCACAGCGCUCAGCCGCGUUCAUGGUCCGAUGGCAAGCCGGGCCGGAGCAAGCAGUGGCUCAGUGGCUGUCCUACCCGGUGAUGAAGAAGCAGCUUCAACUCGACAGAGAUGCGAUUCAAGGUCCCGAUGAGUUGUGCCAGAUGGCGGCCAACCACAUGCUGAAAGAAUCGGGCGAGAUGAAGCACGUGGCACGCGGCUUGAUGGAGCUACAAGCCGUGCAAUCCUACAGCGCUGGCGGCUAUUUCCCAGUCAACGAAUUGCUGAGGGCCCCGUUCUCGGAGCACCUCGAGGAGCCCUUGGCAGGUGACACAGGCCAGUACUAUGGACGAAUCCUGGCACCGCUGGGGCUGAAUCGCCGAAACUUGAAGGGAGACUUGGGUUGGCAUGCGACGACAAACUCCCCAGUUCUCUACCACGCGCUGGACGUUGACUGGCUGGAUGAGGGGCUGAACGUAGAGCAUGGCUACCUGUCCACCACGGACGAUCCGACCAAGCUCAAGUGGCCCGGGGAACGCGAAGUCAUCGUGGGCCCCCCGCCCUUCAUGAUUCAGCCAGAGAGCGUGUUCUUCGACUUUUUGCGCGAAGCCCUUCCCGGGGCGAGCCAUUGCCAUGAUCAAAUUGAGAAGCUUGUCAUCGUGACCACAAUGUCAUGCGUCCCCCGAACUCACAAGAAGAUGGACUUCCUCGAGGCGCCGGACGCGGUCCUCCGCGACCCCCGCCCGCCAGCGCGGCGACCAGGCCGACAAUACCGGGUGCUCUGCGAGGACCCUUGCUUCGACCGCUUGGCGCCUUGGCAGACGUUUGACUGCAUCACGUGGUACCUAUGGGGCCACGGCACAGAUUACACGGGUGGUACAGACAUUCUUGCGUGUGGACGGAUUUUGCCCACGGAUGUCAAAGUAGCAGGAGUUCCCAAUGGGGAAGACUCGUUCAGUUUUUAUGGGCGAGCUACAGAUAAGCCAGAGUGGCAAGAAGGCGUGCAAGAAUUUGUCGCCCAACUCCACCACAGCACUAAGAACAGUUGUGGUAUCAUGUUUGGCGGUUAUUUAUCGUGCAAUCACACGAAAAGCAAGACCGCCUCCGCAAGCCAUGAGAAUCAUCUGGCCAAGUUUCACCCACUCAUUCUCAGCCCAGCGUCGGAUAAACAAGGGGCGUGA